AUGGCAUUGCGACAAGACGUGAGAGAUUUGCUCACAACUCGUUAUGUUCCACAACACGGAGAACAUGAAGAAUGCGAAAAAGUGGAAGCAUAUCGAGCUGGAGGUGAUAUUGAUAUGAUUGACGGAAGAAAUGACGAAGAUGUUUGUUUGGUUGAAGAUCGACCACUUCACGGAGUCGCUGACACGCCAAAACUAAUCGCAAAACCAGCGAGAGAAUCGAGAUCGCGCGAUGAAGCGGUCAAAGUUCUUCUAAAGUUGAAGAAAGGGCCUGUGGAACAAUUGAGACUUGAAAAAUAUGACUAUUACAAUUCGAGAUGGUUCAAUACAACUCAAGGUAUGUUGAAAAAUUUUUAAAAGUUACCCAACCCGAAUGAAACUCACUGAUUGCAACUGUGAAUUUUUUAAUCAAUAAAAUUCUUGUUGGCAAAACAAUAAUUUUAUAGCGUGAACUAAAAACACGUGUUUACGCUAUAAGAAUGACAUAUUUCUAAUAUUUAACCAACAACGAAAUGAUUUUGCAGAAACUGAACUCGAACUCAUCAAUUAUGUUCUUCUCAAUCCAAACGCUCGUCCAAGUCAUUUCGCAAUUCAAUCAAGACGACUCAACAUUUGCGAUGUCGAGAAUAUCAUUCUCACUUCACUUCUUGCUCCACCGCAAUCAAAUGGACAAUCGCUUGCUCGUUUUGCAAUCAAAUGCACGGAAGAACUUGGGUUCAAAAAAUUGUGGGAAAUUGUGAACAGAUUGAAGGAGCAAAAUGAUGGAAUGAUGAUAACCGACGGGAAAGUUGUUGCAACUUUGAUUGAAGAUGUCGGAUUUAUGCCGGUAAGAAUUUCAAUAUUUAAGAGAUUUUUUAUUGAAAUAUUAGUAUUUUUCAGAAAGUAACUCAUCGUUUAUCCACUGAAAGACUUGAGGAAUAUGCUGAAUUGGAAAGAGGAUUAGAUGAACAUGGUGAAUUGAUGUCAUCACGUGUUUAUUUGACAUGUUCAAUUCAAGGAAAACGACAUGUUCAAACACAAAUCACAUAUCUCAAUAAUGGAUGUUCAAGAAUGAAUGGAACAAAACGAACAAAAUACAUUGAAUUGGAACAAACCGUCAAAUGUAUGAAUCGACGAGUUUUGAUUGCUGAAGAUCGAAAUGAAAGUGUUGAAUUCGAAGUUGAUGAAGAUAUGACGUCACUUCGAGAAGCUCAACCAAUUGUUGAAGAUUUAAUUGAUUAUCUUCGAAGUGAUAUGAUUAUUGAAGAAGACAGCGAUGAAGACGAAUAUUGA